AUGGCGGAUGACUGGGAUUUAUGCGCGGUUUUGAAGAGUUUCUCCAAUACUCAAGCCACGAACAACAACUACAAUUAUACCGAAGAAGAUCGCCGCCCUAUACCACCAGCCUUCCCUUCCUUCAUUUCUCAACAAAAUUAUUUGCUUCCGAACAAUAUUGCUAGUUUUGAAGAAUUACAAGAAGCAUGCAACUCUUUUGUACCAUUUUCACAACCCAUAAACCCUAAUAUCAUAAACCCUAAUAUCACUCCCACUCCCUGCUCAUCGGCAAACGUUUCCAAUAUUCCUCCACAACCUCCUCCGAAGAAACCAAGGCCGUACUAUUACCGGAGGAAGAAGAGUCUGCCAAGUAAGGUGGUGGAGGUGGUGGCUGAGGAUCUGUUGGCGGUGGAUCCGUGGUGCUGGCGGAAAUAUGGGCAGAAGCCCAUCAAAGGCUCACCCCAUCCUCGAAGCUACUAUAAAUGCAGCAGUGACACCACCAAGUGUCCGGCAAGGAAACAUGUGGAACGGAGCCAAACCGAUCCUAGCGUUUUCGUGGUGUCCUACGAGGGUGAGCACACGCACUCUCUUCCGACUCAUCGGAACCCUCUCUCCGGCAGUACCCGAAUCAAUAAAUGGGAGUCGGGUACGGAUACGGAUACGAGUUCUUCUCCGCCCAUUAUUCCUGCGUCGGCGCCAACAUCAAGCGCAACAACUCUAGCUCCAUGGCCUGAAUCCGGGAAAAAAGUUUGUGAAGAUGAUCAAGAAGUGGUAAUGAUUUCAAACUUGGCUGUGGGGCCGACAGAAGAUAUUUAUAUGGGUAUUCGAGAAUUGGGUGGUGGUGGAUAUUAG